CAUAGUACUUGGCGUCUGGCUGAAUCGCGCCUCACACUCCGGGGCUGCGGGACCUGUUUGUUGUGUUUGAGUUUUGUUGUUGUGAACUCGACUCUUUUUUUUCUCCGGUGGUCGUGGCCCCCAAACUCCGGCACCCUGAAGUAUCUAACCGUCUUUCUCGGGGCAGGGAUGCUUGCAAUUCUGGGUGCAGUGAUCUGCAUCAUUGCAAGCAUCGCCCCUGGUAGAUCUCCGGGAGCUGUCCCUGGUGCUGAAAAUGCAGCCGGCUCGCUGCUCGCUAACCAGGGCGGCGGUGGAGCUGUCCAAGGUGCUGAAAACGAAGCCGGGUCGCUGCUCGCUAACCAGGGCGGCCGUGGAGCUGUCCACGGUCCUGAAACUAUCCAGGGUGCUGAAACUGGCCAAGGCGCUCCAGCACCCACCUCAAGCCGAGCCUCUGGCUUGGGCUACGGCUCGGACUCGCUGGUCGGCACCGCCAGCCGCUUCCUCUGCCUGCCUUUAGCCCAGGACUGCCCGUCCCCGUCCGCCAGAGAGGACCUGCUGCUGCUGAGGGGCACGGCGGCACAGCUCCGCCAGAUGGUCAGCCAGCAGGGCAGGCAGAUCGCCACCGACCAGCGCACCAUCAGGGAGCUGACUGGCAAGCUCAGCCAGUGCGAGGGAGGGCAGGAGCUGGGCUUCUUCCAGAACCACCCCGAGGAGUACGCGUGGGACCUGGGCAGGAAUAGUGUGGAGGAGGGAGCCGAGGAGUCGGAGACGGAGUCGGAGCAGGCAGUGCUGGAUCUGGAGCGGACCAUCCACUCCCUGAAGAACAGCAUCAAACACCUCGAGGGGGAGUUGGUGUCUCGUGGUAAUGCUUCCUCCAUCACGCUGUCGGGAUCGCCCCAGGAUCACUUCUACCUGAAGAUUGAGGAGCUGGAGGGACAACUGCUGUCCAAGCUGUCCGAGCUGGAGAGAGAACGUGCCUUACUGCAGAACAAGAACAACCGCCAGAGACAUCGCGUGGAGGAGCAGCUCGAAGCUCUUCAGCAACGCAUCGAUCACCUGGAGAAAGAAACGGCUGCCUAUAGGUUGCAGGAAAGCUAUAAAAUCUCACUGCCGGCACGGACGAACUACAUGUACGCCCGGAUGAAGAGGAGCCUGCCGGAACUGUACACGCUGACUGUCUGUGUGUGGCUCAAGUCUAAGACCACCGCUGGCGUUGGGACCCCCUUCUCCUAUGCUGUGCCUGGACAAGCAAAUGAGAUUGUCUUUCUGGAGUUGGGGCGGAAACCAGCCGAACUACUGAUCAACGACAAAGUUGCUCGGCUGCCCUUGAGGAUCAACGACGGGCAGUGGCAUCAUGUGGGUAUUACCUGGACCACCAGGGAUGGUGAGUGGGAGGCUUACCAGGACGGUAUGAGGCAGGGGUCAGGAGACAACCUGGCACCUUGGCACCCGAUCAAACCAGGUGGGACCCUGGUCCUUGGCCAAGAGCAGGACACAGCGGGGGGGAGGUACGAUGCCGCUCAGGCCUUCGUAGGCGAGCUGGCCGACUUCAACCUGUGGGACCGGAUCCUGACAGCGGCCGAGAUCCGCAGCAUCGCCAACUGUUCCUCGGUGGCGGUGGGCAACGUCCUGUCGUGGGAGGGCGGCGGCAUUGACCUGUUCGGCGGUGCGAGCAAGUGGCCUUUCCAGAGGUGCGGAACGAGUACUGUCUCCAAGGAGGACUAGAGUCACCCGGUCUCCCCCGCCCAUCCCCGGCCUGGCCUUGGCCGGGCUGGAUGUGGCCCAGACCGGCUUCGGCACCCCUCACUGUGUCUCCAUUGUGGCCCGGGUGCCUCUCCAAAGUCGUGCUUCUCCAAAGCCAGCACUCUGACACAGGCACCCCUCUCUCUCCAACACUGACCCAUUCCCGAUACCCCUUUCCCAAAGGAUGAAGCCAAGGCUCGGAGUGUUGGGUUGGAGUAAUGACGCCCUGGCCACACACCAUGUACCAUCCCAGUGUACAUAGCUGUUCAUACAUGGAGUAAUGGGCUUGUGUAGAGCGUGUGGGUCUUGAGGCUUUCUCACUCAAAACCUUGAUGUGACCAAAACCUUGAUGUGUGCCAAUGUGUCCCGUCAGGUUGUAAACAUGUUCCUUCUGGUAUUUAUGAUAUUUGAAUGAAUCUCGCUGCUUGUGUCGCCCAUGCCACUAACUCACAGAGCCCGGAUCACGGUUCUCACUGCCCCAUCUUACGCCAGGGAAUUCUUUUGUCAUCUCCAGAGAUUUCCUUCCUUCUUUUACGCUCUCCCGAGGUGCCAAAAGUCCACGGUUGUCAGGACCGACGUCAAUUUUCCAGCCCCCUUGCGAUCUCCCGACUCGGCGGCACAGCUGGUAGAGCCGGCAAUCUCACAGCGCCAGAGACCCGGGUUCGAUCCUGACCUGUGCACGUUGUCCCCGGGACCUGCGUGGGUUUUCUCCAGGUGCCCCGGUUUCCUCCCACACCCCAAAGACGUGCAGAUUUGUAGGUUAAUUGGCCCUAGUGUGUGUAGGAUAGAACUAGUGUGCGGGGUGAUCGCUGGUCGGCACGGACUCAGUGGGUUUCCACGCUGCAUCUCAAAAAACUCAAACCAGAACUAAUUUACUCCCGGGUCUUCAAAUUAAUAAAUCCGACUGUAAAAUUGCCCUGAUGUGUAGGGAGUGGAUGGGAUAGUGGAAUAACAUAGAACUGGCGUGAAUGGGCGGUCGAUGAACAUGGGGGUUCAGUAGACUUGCUCAGGGGCACGGCAACACUCUACUGGACUGUUUCCAAGAAGAGAAUCUCACUGUGCGUUUGCACUUCACACCACACGACAAUAAAAGCACCCUUGAAACGCUGAACAUGGCCAGCAUGGAUUCGAUGGGCCGAAGGGCUUGUUUCCAUGCCGUAUUUCUAAACUAAACCAAACUGUGAUUUAAUUAGCCACGUAUCAGAUCAGUUGUAUCUCUUCCGUUCAAAGGGUCCUCCAUUUCACAAUGACCCCUCAUUUAGGCCUCCGUCCUCUGACCUUGAACCUUUAACCUUGCCCUUCAAUUGAUAAUCCAUUCAAUGAGGUGUGCGCUGCACAGUAAAAUUAUUCCUGCGCAGA